AUGAAGUCUAGGAUUUUAUAUCUGCUACUAGUAUUUUCUUUUAUUCUCAGUGUUAACACAUUGGGAUGCAUGAAAAAAAUUUGCGGAAACAAUGCGAAAAACGAGUUCCGUCGUUGUCCAGAUACAGAUGGAUCUUGUGGAAAUUAUCACACAGAGAGAUCUUCCGGUGAGAUUAUCGAUGGAGUUGAUGUUCGGUGUCAUAUUGGAGAACCAAUUUAUGCUCCGAUUGAAGGAGAAAUGUAUUUUUGGAGACCUUAUGGAGGAAAACGAGAGAAAUCGUGUGCAGAUCAAGGAGUGAGAAUUGAAGGAACUGGACAAUGGCAAGGCUACGCUGCCCACAUCUCGUCAGUGAAACUCGCAUUCUUUGGGGGCCAUGUAGAAGCAGGAGAUGAAAUUGGAGAGGCAUUGAAUCGUUAUUGUUUCAAUGAUAGAGGACAGAAUGAUGUUGAGCCACAUGUGGAAGUGAAACUGUAUAAAGAAGGAAAACUUAUUGAUCCAACACAUCAUCUUCAAAAUUGCAUGUGUACUGGUCAAAUUUGUGAAUCAAAUACUAGAAAUAUUCUACUUGGGGAUCCAUUCAAAACAGACAAAAGAUACAACGGAGUUCGUGGAUGGGAUGUCGAAUGCCAGAUGAUCAAUGACGAUGAUGAAGAUUCUCCACGUGCUCCAAUGAUUUACUCGCCAAUUGCCGGAGAAACUGUUGGAAGAAUUCGUCUCUUUUCUGAUGCAAAUGGAGCUUAUACCGGAUGUGACAAUGAUGGAAUUUUCAUUGUUGGAAUUGAUGAUUGGUUGGGUUACGAGGCAAGAUUGUACAAUGUGAAAGCAAGAUCUGAUAUCGGAUUCGGCAGAAAACGUAUUGUACAAGGAGAACCAAUCGCAACUCGUUUGGAUUGUGAAAACAGUCCGGAUAGUGUGUUUGUCGAGGUUCGUUUCGAGGGUCGAGUAGUCAAUAUCACUGACAUCAUCACUGCUGCCAACUGCAAAACUCCAAAUUUCCCUGUUUUCUAA